UGGCAACACUAACGCGGUAAUGCGGUUCCAGCUUCAGCGUUGUAGCUCUACAUUACUGUAAGAAACAAUGGCAGACGAAGAAUUAGAGGCAAUACGGCGGCAAAGAAUGUCGGAGCUGCAAGCAAAGCAAGGGCGAACAUGGAGCACAAAUGGGAGGUGGUCUUUAACUUUCUUUCUGAAGGUUCCUAUCCAUCCACAUUGACCAGAGGGCAAAGGCAAACUCUCCGGAAGUUUGCCUCAAAAUUCAGCAUUCGUGCUGGGCAUCUAUUCUUUGGAGCCUCGGCUCACAGGAGGGCCAUACAAUCUAGAGAGGAGGCUUGCAAUCUUUUCAAGGAGCUUCACGUCUCGCCCACGGGACGACACAUUGGUAUUGUGAAAACCCGAAGUGCCUUGACUUCCAAAUUUUAUUGGACUGGUAUGACUUCAGACAUAUCGAAAUGGGUGUCUGAAUGUGGCAAGUGCAGACUGAAAGUAGUCAGGAAACUGUAUUGCAACAAGGUUAAUCCCACUGAGCCUCAGGGACUCAUUCCCAAGAAAGAACUGAUCACACCGAUGGACGGCUCUGCGAGUCCUUUGACCACUCAUGUGUUGAACACUGCAGCAGGUGUCCCAGGGUCAAACAUGACCCUCAGACUCUACCAACAAGACCCCUGGACCAGUGUUUGGAAUCUGAUAACCAACAGGACCACUGAUGAUGAUGGACGAUGCCCAGGGCUCAUCACACAGCAACAGUUUAGACCUGCUGUGUAUAAACUGCAUUUUGAAACAGCUCAGUACUGGGAAAGUAUGGGAGAGACGUCCUUUUACCCCUACGUUGAGAUUGUUUUUACUAUAUCUAACCCAGACCAGAAGUAUCAUGUCCCACUGCUCGUGAGUCGUUUCUCCUACAGUACGUACAGGGGAAGCUAAAGUCAUGCUCAGCCUCCUGAGUAUCGUUUCAUCUAAAUACUGUGACACCAAACAAGUGGUAUGAGUCCACCAAGGACAGCACUCGGUGGUGAAUAAAGGUCUUCUGUAUUUGACUUCAGUAAAAGUAAUGAUAUUGUUCAAAAUGAGACUUGUAUUAAGGAAAUGAACUACUUUAUUGUGAAAAUAUAUUGUAAAUAAACUGGAAAAUGAAGUGUUUGUGACAAAAACAAGACACUAUUUGUACUGUUGUAUGUUCUAACAGAUUAUUUUCGCAUUUGGUGAAUAAUCUGUACUUGACUCCAGAUUUUGUAGAAAUGAACACAUG